UCCUCGGAUAGCGGACAAUCGAUCUCUGUUGCUGUCUAUUUCUUUUCUCAUCUGCGCUUAAGCCCUUUUGCGGUUUCCAUCUCCAAACCCUAACCCUAAAUUAUAUCAGAUCUUUUGCGUUCAUUCAAUCGUCCAAUUCUUGAUCUCGAUUCUCCGCCUCCGUAUUAUUCCUGGUUCGUGGUGAGAUCAGACCAGGCAUGGAUUCUCAGGCGAACAAUCUUUACGAGACUGCUUCGCAGCCGGACACUGGGAACGAUGCCUAUACAUUCUUGGAAUUCAACACGCCGGGCGAGGACGAGUUUGAUUACCCUGAAUUCCAGGAGCUCUCGCAGCCAAUUCGAUCUUCGGCGUCCGUCUGGCCCACGCCCUCCGAUUCUUUAUCGGCUUCCGAGGUUCCGUCCUCAUCCGAUGCCGCACAAUCCACUGGUAAAGCUCGAGGAGGGGGUGGAAUUAAUAACAGCAGUGCCGGCCAUGGCAGUAGUAGUAAUAAUAGCAAGGAGACUGGGGUGGUGGAGGCCCUGGCAGCGGGUAUGAGCGGGCUGAACUUUGAAGAUACUGGGGGAGAUGACGAGUUGUUUGAAUAUGGGAAAGGAGACUUUACGGAGCAUGCCUGCAGAUACUGUGGCGUCACGAACCCGGCGUGCGUGGCACGGUGCAACGUGCCAUCUUGCAGGAAGUGGUUCUGUAAUUCUCGAGGGAAUACUUCUGGGUCGCACAUCGUCAAUCAUCUGGUGAGAGCAAAACACAAAGAAGUUUGCCUUCACAAAGAUAGUCCCCUUGGAGAGACCAUUCUCGAGUGUUAUAACUGUGGUUGUCGGAAUGUUUUCCUUCUUGGAUUCAUAUCUGCCAAGACGGAAAGUGUUGUUGUUCUGCUUUGUAGGGAACCAUGCCUCAGUGUUAAUGCCUUGAAGGACAUGAAUUGGGACCUGAGUCAGUGGUGCCCGCUUAUUGAUGACAGAUGUUUCUUGCAGUGGUUGCUAAAGGUCCCAUCUGAACAAGAGCAGUUGAGGGCUCGUCAAAUUAGUGCCCAGCAGAUAAAUAAAAUAGAAGAACUCUGGAAGACAAAUCCUGAUGCUACUUUGGAAGAUCUUGAGAAGCCUGGAGUGGAUGAUGAACCCCAGUCUGUAGCUUUGAAGUAUGAAGAUGCUUACCAGUAUCAAAAUGUUUUUGCGCCACUUAUCAACCUUGAAGCAGAUUAUGAUAAGAUGAUGAAGGAGUCUCAAAGUAAAGAUAACAUCACUGUUCGAUGGGACAUUGGACUUAAUAAGAAGCGAAUUGCUUAUUUUGUCUUUCCCAAGGAAGAUAAUGAGUUACGCCUUGUACCUGGUGACGAACUACGACUGCGCUAUUCAGGUGAUGCAGCUCAUCCAUCUUGGCAGUCAGUGGGUCAUGUGAUAAAAUUGACUGCACAAGAGGAGGUUGCUCUUGAACUUGGUGCCAAUCAGGGUGUUCCCGUUGAUGUGAACCAUGGUUUUAGUGUGGACUUUGUUUGGAAGAGCACUAGUUUUGAUCGGAUGCAGGGGGCCAUGAAAACUUUUGCUGUGGACGACACAAGUGUCAGCGGGUACAUUUAUCAUCAUCUGCUAGGCCACGAAGUUGAGGUGCAGACAGUUCGUAACACUUUGCCCCGCCGUUUUGGGGCACCUGGUCUUCCUGAACUUAAUGCAUCUCAAGUUUUUGCUGUUAAGAGUGUCUUGCAAAAGCCUAUUAGUCUCAUCCAAGGGCCACCUGGAACUGGAAAAACUGUCACAUCUGCUGCAAUUGUUUAUCACAUGGCAAAACAAGGCCAAGGGCAGGUUUUGGUAUGUGCUCCAAGUAAUGUGGCAGUAGAUCAGCUAGCUGAAAAAAUAAGUGCAACUGGUUUAAAGGUUGUGAGGCUCUGUGCGAAAUCAAGGGAAGCUGUUAGUUCGCCUGUUGAGCAUCUAACCUUACACUAUCAGGUUAGGCAUCUUGACACAUCUGAAAAAAGUGAACUACACAAGUUACAGCAGCUGAAAGAUGAACAAGGGGAAUUAUCAAGCAGUGAUGAGAAAAAGUACAAAGCACUCAAGAGAGCUACGGAGAGGGAGAUAUCUCAGAGUGCUGAUGUUAUAUGUUGUACAUGUGUUGGUGCUGGAGAUCCACGGUUGGCAAAUUUUAGAUUCCGUCAGGUUCUUAUUGAUGAAUCAACUCAAGCAACAGAGCCUGAAUGCCUGAUUCCUUUGGUCCUUGGAGCUAAGCAGGUUGUUCUUGUUGGAGACCACUGUCAGCUUGGUCCUGUCAUUAUGUGUAAGAAAGCUGCAAGAGCUGGACUAGCGCAGUCUCUGUUUGAACGGCUUGUGCUGCUUGGUGUGAAACCAAUCAGAUUGCAGGUUCAAUAUAGGAUGCAUCCUGCUCUUUCAGAGUUUCCGUCCAACAGUUUCUAUGAAGGGACUCUUCAAAAUGGAGUUACCAUAAAUGAAAGGCAGUCACCCGGCAUUGAUUUUCCCUGGCCAGUGCCUAACAGGCCCAUGUUCUUCUAUGUUCAGAUGGGACAAGAGGAGAUAAGUGCCAGUGGAACAUCAUACUUAAAUAGGACAGAGGCUGCAAAUGUAGAGAAAAUUGUGACUACUUUCCUGAAGAGUGGUGUUAUUCCUAGUCAGAUCGGUGUCAUAACACCUUAUGAAGGACAAAGAGCAUACAUUGUGAAUUAUAUGUCGCGAAAUGGUGCUCUGCGGCAGCAACUGUAUAAAGAAAUUGAAGUUGCAAGUGUAGAUUCGUUCCAGGGCAGGGAAAAGGACUAUAUAAUUUUGUCUUGUGUCAGGAGUAAUGAACAUCAGGGUAUUGGUUUUCUUAAUGACCCGCGUCGGCUUAAUGUUGCCCUCACACGUGCACGAUACGGCAUUGUUAUCUUGGGAAAUCCCAAAGUUCUGAGCAAGCAGCCUCUUUGGAAUGGCUUAUUAACUCACUACAAGGAACACGAGUGCUUGGUUGAAGGACCUCUAAAUAAUCUUAAGCAGAGUAUGGUUCAAUUUCAAAAGCCUAAAAAGAUAUACAAUGAGCGAAGACUUUUCUAUGGUGGUGGACCUGGAAUUGUUCCUGGUGACAGUUUUGGUUCGGUUCCCUCAAACCCAAAUGCUGAUAGAAGGGGCCCUCGUUCUAGGGGUACUUACUUGCCUCCUGGUGCUGCCAAUGGUAAACCUGGUGUUCACCCUUCUGGUUAUGCGAUGCCUCGAGUACCACUUCCUUCAUAUCCCGGUGCUCCUCCAUCACAACCAUAUUCUAUUCCAAGUCGUGGUGCUGUACAUGGACCUGUUGGAUCUAUUCCUCAGAUUCCACAACCUGGAAGCCGAGGAUUUGGGGCUGGGCGUGGGAAUUCCAGUGCACCCAUUGGUAGUCAUCUUACGCACCAGCAAGGCGCACAGCCACCUGUUGGCAGCCAUCCUUCUAGUUUCAAUUUCCCACCAAUGGAGAGUCCUAGUGGCCAGCCAGCAGUGGGUGGACCACUCUCACAACCUGGCUAUGUUUCAAAUGUGACCGGUCAAGGAACAAGCCAAACAUAUAGAGAUGGGUUCUCUAUGGGUGGCAUGUCUCAGGAUUUCUUGGGUGAUGACUUUAAAAGUCAGGGAUCACAUGUAGCUUAUAAUGUUGCUGAAUUUUCCACUCAGGCUUCUCAGAGUGGAUAUGGUGUUGAUUACAUUACACAAGGGGCUCAAGGUGGAUUCCCUGGGAACUUCUUAAACCAGAACUCUCAAGCUGGAUAUGCUCGUUUUGCCCCUGGAAAUGAAUACCUGUCUCAGGAGUAUAUGGCUCAUGGUUCACAAGGAUUAUUCACGCAGGCUCCAUUUAGUGAUCAGUCUCAAGAUGAUACCUCUCCGAACCAUUUUGGUGUAGCCAAUGCCAAUCCACUUCAGUCACAGGGUUUGAUGAAUCCCCUAUAUUCACAGCCAUUUGCACACUACAAAUCACAGCCACUGAAUGCCCAAAAUCCUUCGCAACAGCAUCCAUCUCAGCAGGGACAAGCUUCCCAAAAUCAAAAGCUCCACUACAGUGGUUGAGGGCAGUAGCAUCGAUGAGUGGUGAUGACAAUGGGUUAUUAUCCUCCCUUUCAUACAUCUGGUUUGUGCUGUCAUUCUUGGCAAUUACUAUCUGCCAUAAAAAAAAAAUGCUUUUAUAGUUCGACACUGGAGUCAGGUUGAUUGAUGACACUACAAGGAUGAAUCUCAAACAACUGGAUCAGUUUAGUUCGAAUUAGAGAAGGCGCACAUCACAUCAGACAUCGCCCUGUCAGCACAACUAGAUCUUGAAGAGAGAGGUAGCCCUAGUGAUCUCGAGUGUUGAGGAUAUAAUAUCACAAAGGCAUGCUACCCGGGCAAGAGUUCGGGACGCAAAUCCAGCCAGUAGUUACAUCUAACGGGUGCCCCAUAUUUUCUUAGAGCAGCUACUGCUAUGGUUUUGUACAGCAUGCCGGGAAGUUGUGCCACUGAUAUCAGUGGUUAGUACUUCGGCUCUAUGGACAACUUAAAACUUACUUUUGUGUUUGUGUGCGACGUAGAUUAUAUAUUUCUAAGUUUAUGUACCGAAUUCUUAUUGCUAUAAGGUUGUGGUCGUUCACUUUGCCAUGUAUGAAGUCUCUCUACCAACUCUAUAUGUGGUUUGUAAUCUAAGUAAGGUAAUUUGUUGUU